AUAAUGGCGUGGCCGCGGUGGGGGGCUGCCGCUCUCUGCCCGAGUCCAGCACCGGAAAACCACCUGUAAAACAUUCAUUUGGAGUUUACCGGCGAUUUGAAAAGUAAUUGAACCGCCUGUGACGAUGCCGGACGGAGUAAAUCUCCGCUGAGAGGCUGCUCCGCAAAACUGUGUGAAACUACCGGACUGUCGCUGGAAGAAGCGCUUUGCCAUGUCGUUACUGUGUGUCAGAGUGAAAAAAGCCAAGCUCCAAGGACCACCAGACAAGUUCAACACCUACGUGACGCUGAAGGUGCAGAAUGUCAAAAGCACAACCAUCACAGUGCGGGGUGAUCAGCCCUGCUGGGAACAGGAUUUCAUGUUCGAGAUCAACCAGCUGGACCUCGGCCUCAUUGUCGAGGUGUGGAACAAAGGCCUCAUCUGGGACACCAUGGUUGGGACCACUUGGAUUCCUCUGAAGAGCGUCCAGCAAUCAGAAGAGGAGGGCUCAGGUGACUGGCUCUUUCUUGACGCGGAGGUCUUGAUGAAGGCGGACGAGAUAUAUGGCACCAAGAACCAGACGCCACACCGCGUCCUGCUGGACACGCGCUUCGAGCUUCCUUUUGACAUCCCAGAUGACGAGGCACAGUACUGGACGGGCAAACUGGAACGCAUAAAUACCAUGAGAAUCCACGAUGAGUAUCCUCUUCAGGAUGACGUCCAGAGUCGCCCGCUGCCAUUUGCGGCCUCCCAGUGCUCUCUGGAUGACCAUGACAGUGCCGUGGACGACCGGGACAGCGACUACCGCAGCGAGACGAGUAACAGUCUGCCUCCGCGCUACCACACGACGGCUCAGCCCAACUCCUCCAUGCACCAGUACCCCAUGGGGCCUCGGCAGCAGCACCACCACCACCACCCGGACUCCUGCACAGACUCGGUCCACAGUUUUGACCUGGACUACAGAGACCAGAGAGGAACCAGUCCAGUGGAAAGUAGUCGCUUUGGGUCAUCAGGAAACUUGAGCCAGACCAGCUCCCAGCUUAGUGAGACUGGCCAGGAGAGCACUGGAGGGUCAGAGCUGGAGGAGUCUUUCCACUCCUACCACAGUACUAGCUUUCAUCCCUCCACCAAUGGGCAACCACACACCAAUGGACAUCCUCCCACCAAUGGAAACUCUACUGUCGGUGAGCAGCAGAAACAUGGGCUGUCCCCUGAAGUAGGACAGGGCCUGAGAAAGGACACUCCAGCAGAGCGAGGUUCCUCUAAACUCGUAAGGUUCCAUGAUGACGGGCCGCCAUUACCCUUUUCCCCAUCCAGAGUUUGUUGGUUGAAGGCCAUCAAUAAAGUCAGGGUUCAGCUCCGGGAGGUCCGAGAUGAAGAACCCAAUGCCAGACAAGCCUGGGACAAACCAGGUGGCGGAUCUGGUCUGUAUGGAAUUGACAGCAUGCCAGACCUGCGUAAAAAGAAACCCAUCCCCUUGGUCAGCGAUGUGUCUCUCGUCCAAGCCAGGAAGGCGGGGAUCGCAUCUGCCAUGGCCGCACGGUCCUCGAUCAAGGAUGAGGAGCUGAAAAACCAUGUGUACAAGAAGACCCUGCAGGCUCUCAUCUACCCCAUAUCCUGCACUACGCCACAUAACUUCGAGGUGUGGACCGCCACGACGCCCACAUACUGCUACGAGUGUGAGGGCCUGCUGUGGGGAAUAGCUCGCCAAGGCAUGCGUUGCUCCGAAUGCGGGGUCAAGUGCCACGAGAAGUGCCAGGAGCUACUGAACGCCGACUGCCUACAGCGUGCUGCGGAGAAGAGCUCCAAACAUGGAGCUGAAGACCGAACUCAGAAUAUCAUCAUGGCCAUGAAGGACAGGAUGAAGAUCAGGGAAAGGAACAAGCCGGAAAUCUUCGAACUCAUCAGGGAAGUGUUCAUCAUCAGCAAAGCCAUCCACGCACAGCAGAUGAAGACCAUCAAGCAGAGCGUACUGGACGGCACUUCCAAGUGGUCGGCAAAGAUCACCAUCACAGUUUUUUGCGCCCAAGGACUUCAGGCAAAGGACAAGACGGGAUCCAGCGAUCCGUACGUCACCGUUCAGGUGGGCAAGACCAAGAAGAGAACCAAGACCAUUUACGGCAACCUCAAUCCGGUCUGGGAGGAGAAGUACCACUUCGAGUGCCACAAUUCCUCUGACCGAAUCAAAGUACGCGUGUGGGACGAGGACGAUGAUAUCAAGUCGAGGGUGAAGCAGCGUCUGAAGAGGGAGUCCGAUGAUGAUUUCCUGGGCCAGAGCAUUAUCGAAGUGCGAACGCUGAGCGGAGAAAUGGACGUCUGGUACAACCUGGAGAAGAGGACAGACAAGUCAGCCGUGUCGGGGGCCAUUCGCCUUCAAAUCAACGUGGAGAUCAAGGGCGAGGAGAAAGUGGCUCCGUAUCACGUGCAGUACACCUGCUUGCACGAGAACCUGUUCCACCACUACACCGACAUGCUCGGCCAGGGCACGGUGAAAAUCCCGGAGGCCCGCGGGGAUGACGCCUGGAAGGUCUACUACGACGACGUGGCCCAGGAAAUAGUGGAUGAGUUCGCCAUGCGCUACGGGAUCGAAUCGAUCUACCAGGCUAUGACGCACUUUGCCUGUCUGUCCUCUAAGUACAUGUGUCCCGGGGUCCCCGCCGUGAUGAGCACCCUGCUAGCCAACAUCAACGCCUUCUACGCCCACACGACCGCCUCCACCAACGUGUCAGCCUCCGACCGCUUUGCUGCUUCCAAUUUUGGGAAAGAGCGCUUUGUCAAGCUUUUAGACCAGCUACACAACUCCCUGCGCAUUGACCUCUCAACCUACAGGAACCACUUUCCUGCCAGCAGCAAGGAUCGCCUGCAGGAUUUGAAAUCCACCGUGGACCUUCUAACCAGCAUCACCUUCUUCAGGAUGAAGGUCCAGGAGUUGCAGUCUCCACCGAGAGCCAGCCAGGUGGUGAGGGACUGUGUCAAGGCCUGCCUCAACUCUACGUAUGACUACAUCUUCAACAACUGCCACGAGCUGUACAGCAGACAGUACCAGCCCGUCGAUGCGAACAAGGAGGAGCUUCCUUUGGAGGAGCAGGGUCCAAGCAUCAAGAACUUGGACUUCUGGCCCAAGCUAAUCAUGCUCAUCGUCUCCAUCAUCGAGGAGGACAGGAACUCCUACACGCCUGUGCUCAACCAGUUCCCCCAAGAGCUGAACGUAGGGAAGGUGUCAGCGGAGGUCAUGUGGACAUUGUUCGCUCAAGACAUGAAGUAUGCUAUGGAAGAGCACGAGAAGAACAGACUGUGUAAGAGCACCGACUACAUGAACCUGCACUUCAAAGUCAAGUGGCUCUACAAUGAAUAUGUCAAGGAGCUGCCGAACUUUAAGGGCGUCGUUCCAGACUACCCAUCAUGGUUCUUACAAUUUGUGCUACAGUGGUUGGAGGAAAAUGAAGAUGUAUCUAUGGAGUUUAUGCAUGGAGCCCUCGAGAGAGACAAAAAAGAUGGAUUCCAGCAGACCUCUGAGCAUGCUCUCUUCUCCUGCUCUGUGGUGGACAUCUUCACCCAGCUCAACCAGAGCUUUGAGAUCAUCAAGAAACUGGACUGUCCCGACCCUAACGUCAUGGCUCAGUACAGCCGCCGCUUCUCCAAGACUAUUGCCAAAGUUCUCCUGCAGUACAGUGCCAUACUGACCAAGAGUUUUCCUACUUAUAUCGACAAGGAGAAGAUUCCAUGUGUCCUGUUGAAUAAUGUGCAGCAGUUAAGGAUCCAGCUGGAGAAGAUGUUUGAGUCGAUGGGUGCCAAACAGAUGGACACUGAGGCCAGUGGCUUACUGAAUGACCUGCAGGUGAAGCUGAACAACGUGUUGGAUGAGCUCAGCAGCACAUUCGGGAACAGUUUCCAGAGCCGCAUCAACGAUUGCAUGCGACAAAUGGCGUCGCUGCUGUACCAGAUCAAAGGGCCGCUCAACGCCAACAACAAGAACCAGGUGGACGCCGACUCUGACAACAUGCUGCGGCCACUCAUGGAUUUCUUGGACGGAAAGCUCACACUGUUCGCCACCGUAUGUGAGAAGACUGUAUUGAAGCGGGUGCUCAAGGAGCUGUGGAGGAUCGUAAUGAGCAGCUUGGAGAAGACUAUCGUCCUGCCACAGGGCAGCGAUACCUUUGUAAGCUCAGCAAUGUUUUUUUUACUAAUUUGGCUCUUCAAAAAGAAUGACGAUGAAGAGCAGCGACUCAAUUUUCUUUAUAUUUUCUCCCAGGGAGCACAGAUUCUCUCGGCUGCUAAAGAACUGGGCCAGCUCUCCAAACUCAAGGAUCACAUGGCAGGCGAGGCUAAAAGCCUGUCUCCCAGGCAGUGUGCUGUCAUGGACGUGGCACUGGACACUAUCAAGCAAUACUUCCACGCAGGAGGCAACGGGCUGAAGAAGGCGUUCCUGGAGAAGAGCCCCGAGCUGUCCUCUCUACGCCACGCCCUGUCCCUCUACACCCAGACCACGGACACACUCAUCCAGACCUUUGUGACCACCCAGCACGCACAAGUGCACAACGGGAAGGGUAUUAGGUUAACUCCCAGUGAGAAAGUACAGCCCAGCAGGGGUUCAGGUGUGGACAAGCCAAUAGGCGAGGUGUCCAUCCAGAUCGAGCUGCAUACUCACCCUGGGAACAGGGAGCGUAAAGUAACUGUCAAAGUCAUGGGAGCCAACGAUCUAAAGUGGCAGACGUCCGGCAUGUUCCGGCCCUUCGUGGAAGUCACCAUGAUCGGGCCUCACCUCAGCGACAAGAAACGCAAAUUCCAGACCAAGUCCAAGAAUAACAGCUGGUCUCCCAAGUUCAACGAGAUCUUCCACUUCGUCCUGGGCAACCAGGAAGGCUUCGAGUGCUACGAGCUGCAGCUCUGCGUCAAGGACUACUGCUUCGGCCGGGCGGACCGAGUGGUCGGCCUAGCCGUGGUGCAACUGAGGGACAUCGCGGGGAAGGGUCACUGCGCGUGCUGGUGCCCGCUGGGCCAGCGCAUCCACAUGGACGACACGGGCCUCACGGCCAUGCGCAUCCUCUCGCAGCGCUCCAACGACGACGUGGCCAAGGAGUUCGUGAGGCUGAAAUCGGAGACCCGCUCAGCUGAGGAGGGCAGAUGAGGGGAGCUGGAAUGGGGGGGGGUAAAGACAGGAGGGACGGGAGUAAUCCUGGUUUCACGAUAAGAGAGGAGGAUCUCAUGUGAUGGUCUUUUUCCUCCGUAGAUGGAGGAUGAUUCCCUCGUUGACCUUUCGUGUGUCUUAGCUGCUGUUGACUGUUUUUGCGGCACUGACACACUUGUCACCUUCGCACUAUUUUUUGGGCGGGACAAACACUCACUCCCGGUAUAUUUACAGAGCACACACACACACACACACACACACACACACACACACACACACACACACACACACACCCCCUCAAGCUUCACACUCACCAGCUGUUUCUAUCAGGCUGCAACCACUUACUCCUGUCUUUCAACCUCUUUGUUCUCCCCCCUCUCUCUCCUCAUCCGCUGGAGCUUCGCAGCGCGUGCACGCCACAGCCUCGGAGAGAACGGAGGACGCCAGGCCUAACAGAGGUCCCAGGCCUCCCAAGUGUUGUUGUGCAAUAACCCCCCCUCCCCCCACCUCCAACCUGAACCCCCUCAAACCCUGGCUGUGGGUUUUUUUAAUGCCUUACACUCUGCAAACUGUGAAUGUGUGACGUAAAGACAAAGUGAACACCCUGUUCUGUAGCUCCACUGUGACGGUUCAAGUCGAUGUGAAAAAAUCCUCUGUGUGGUUUUAUCUCAUGAAGGGGUUUUUAGUUUGGAUGAAUGAAUGGCUGGUAGAAAGGAGACAGGCCUACUUUUUAUGGUCUGUUAAUAAUGAAAUACAUUGAAGUAAAGCUGAUGAAACAUUGUACCACUUUCACAAGUAAUGUCUCAGUAGAUGGUACUUAAACUAAUAACCCCUUAAUUAUACCCCUUAGAUUAAACGAUUCAGUUAAAUGUGUGCCUUGCCAUGUUAAGUUCCAAUCCCCGUUUCCCGGGAAACACCACAGUGAUAUGAUCAGUAUGUAAUCUAUCUGUGGGGAAAUCAACAACAUAAUGAUUCCAAGCAAAACCUAGUGAAAAGUGACACCAACAGUGUUGACCCCAGUAUGUGAAAGGUGAAUCCUGUUUCAGCCACAUUCACGUCCAAACUAUAAGCUCCAUCAGCAGCCAUUUUAUUUAUUUAUUUUUAUACAUAUUUAUUUUUGUUCGUGCUUUUUCAAAGACUGCAGUUUAAUAAUGUUGUUCACUGCCAGGUGGUCUGUCAGACCCGAGUCAGAAGUCAGAAUAAAGUGACAAGCUAGCGUUUGUUGGUGGCGACUUGUGUCAUUGACUGCACUAGCGAUAGAUGUAUUUUAGAAUCGUUUCAUUUUUAGUUAAGAAAUAUAUAUGUUAAACUUUCAGGUAACAACUUUUUCUUCCAAAAGGAUAUCUGAACAUUUGAAUGCGAGUAUAGAAUUACUUCUGGUUUACAUUACUGCUCUGUCUAUGAGUGGCCUUACUUAAGUUAAAAAUAUAUAUAUGAUGUUUCUCUUUUUUAAAUUUAUUUAGUAUUUCCUUGUAUUUCCUUCGGCUCUCAGCAAUGAGGAACCGGACAGUUUGUUUUUUGCCCAUAAUGAUGUCAAAUAAGUUUUCCAAGUGAUUCUCCUUAUCAUUUUUUCUACUUUUUAUCGUUGAUGAUAUUGCAAAAUGUCGUAUCUUUAUUUCUAGGCUGGGAUUUCUUUGCAGCCUGUUAUACUUUGUGUUAUGAUUUUCAAAUGCUUCCUGUGAAUCCUCUGUCAGUCAUGAUAUACAGUGAGACGUGUGCCAGUGAAUUUGCUCCUACAUGAAGAAUAUUAAAGUGUUACUUUUAAUGAAGGAUGGGUAUUUCUGUAAUGUGAGAACCUCUGUGUGUGCACAUUUUUAAAACCGACUGUAGAAACUCUUUGCUCCUCUCUGUUACAGGACGUUAUGCGUUGUGAAUACAGACGUCUCAUCGCCAUUCUUUGAUAUACACGUUCCUUGUGCCAAGCUACAAAUGUUCUUUUUAUUUUAAAAUUUUCUAUAUUUGUUAACCCUUGCACUACCACUAAAUCACUGCAAAAGUUAACAAGUCAUUGUAACUGCAUAUGUGUGGUGUUUUCUUUGUAUGUGUUGUCGUCACCAUGUGAACAUUCUCAAUAAUGAAUUUUGUAUAAAGUAUUUGAGAAUUAUCUACAAAUCUCUUUAUCCGUUUGUUUUUUUUCCCCACUACAAUACGACAUUGAAUGCGGGUUUUGUAAAAGUGCAGUGAGCGAUUCUAAUCCAGUCUACUUGUUUUCUUCUAAUGCAGAGAAAAUCUCCUCUCAGUCCGCUAGCUAUACUCUAUACUAUACUCUAUGCUGCUGUAAAUCCUGUAAAUUUCACC